AUGGCCAGGCUCCAGACCAUUGUCGGGUUGGCAUCGAUGGCUUUUCCUGUCGGGUUGGGGAGGGAAAUCCCGGUCAACAUGCAGCUUCAGGCCGAGCGGUACGCUUCCGGACUCGUGCACGAGGAAAUCAUGGCAACAAAGCAAAGAAUAUGGACAGAGUUAAACGACCACGGUGUUUACGACUCCACGCAAUACCGGUCUCUUGGAGAAGACGUCGACUACAUUGCCUGCCAGGGCGGGAUUGUCUCUCUCGUGCCGGAUGACCCCGUCAAUACGUUUCGCUGCCAAGAUCUGGAUUUAUUUGACUUUAAAACCCACGCCCAACUCGGCAGCAGCUCAGGUAGGGGGGCUGGGUCUUGGGGUUGGACAAGCCCCGGCGGCCGUGAGUUUGUUGCUAUAGCCCAAGAGGAUGGUGCGGCCUUCGCGGAGGUCAGUUCAAAAGGCAAGUUGGUGUAUCUGGGGCGCCUCCCGCAGUAUGGCUCGGCACCGACUUCCCUUUGGCGUGAAAUCAAAGGGUACAAAAGCUACAUCGUCAUCGGCAGUGAAGCCGUCCGGCACGGUGUUCAGAUUUUUGAUCUGAGGAAGCUGAUCGACGUUAACCCUGCAAGCCCAGUUGUCUUCGACAACACCACGGAUCUUACCGGAUUCUGGGUCGACGGGCUGCCCCUCGGACGCUCGCAUAACGUCGUCACCAACGAAGAGCUCAACUACGGCGUGGCGACCGGCUUUCAACCUAGGGACGGACCUCUCGGGGCGGGUCUGGUAUUUUUUGACUUGACUGACCCGUCAAACCCCACGACAUUGGGGGGUACCGGGGAGGAUGGAUACGUACACGAUGCCCAAUGCCUCGUAUACCGCGGCCCGGAUGAAAAGUACAGUGGUAAAGAUAUUUGUUAUGGUUACGAUGAGGACUCGUUGACGAUAUUCGACGUCACUGACAAACAAGAUAUCCGGGUCAUUUCCAACACAUCUUACGAAGGGUUCGUCUACACUCACCAGGGAUGGGUUCUCGAUCCUCAAUGGCAGCAGUUCUUGAUCACGGACGACGAGUACGACGAAUACAACAGGUCUGGUCUCGCGGCGGAUGGCUACCCGAUCUCGUAUAUCUGGGAUAUUUCUUCGCUUGAGGCGCCGAAGCAGACGGGGCACUACAAAGGGCUCCGGAAAGGAAUUGAUCACAAUCAGUUCGUCAGGGAUGGCUUCACAUACCAAAGUAACUACGCUUUGGGAAUCAGCAUUCUCGACUUACGCUCCGUGGCUUCUGACCCAUCUGGGAAGGGGAUCAAGGAGGUUGCGUACUUUGACACUCAUCCCGAGGACGACCAUCUCCCUGGUGGCGGGAAUGUAACCUUCACCGGUUCAUGGAGCCACUACCCUUUCUUCCCCAGCGGCUUCAUUGUUAUCAACACCAUGGAUCGAGGUGCGUUCGUCGUCAAGCGUUCAGCACAGCCGUGA